AACACAGUUAAAAAAAUGAAAAGCUUCAAACAGAAUUUAUCUGUUUUUUCUCGAAAAUACGUGAUAGACUUUUUUGAAUUUUCUUCCCGAAUUAUAUUUUUGUACGAGUAUACACUGCUGAAAGCUGAAAGCGGAAAAAAAAAGAGAAAUAGAAAAACAAGUUGUCAUGAAAAUUGAGAUGAUGAUAUAUAUGUGACGUUUGAAUCCUGAUUGAUUAGCCCGGCUAAUGAAAAUUGGAACCUGAAAUUUAUGUGUUCGACGUUUUGAUUAGCAAUUUUAUGACAUGAAAUAAGAAUAUCAAUCCCACUUGGAGGGUAAAUCAUUACACUCCUUUGAAAACACAUUCUCAUACUCCUUAUUUUCAUAUCCUUCAAUGUAAUUUCCCAUUCUCAUUCCUACUCACUGUACAAACGCCCUUAAAUAUGUAGGAAAUAGAGUGAUGGUAUCGAAUUUCAUAUGCAAAUGGUUCAAUUUCGAGAGAAAUUACUGAAAAUUAAUAAUUCACUUUUUUAUACCAUUAGGAACAAAAAUUUUAAACACAACCAUACCUUUCAAUAUCAUUCAUUAAUCAACUGGAGAAGGCAGAAGCAUGCAUAUUCAUUACUACCCAUCAGACCCACUUUGUCCUUAGCAAAUGUGUGUUGUGUUUCUUUGCAUUCAUUUGCUUGCAUAUCAAAUGCCCACCAUGUGUUUGAUCAAAUGCCUGACAGAAGAAAAAAUUUUGAAAUUAGAAAUUAUUAUGACGUUCUUGAUUUCAUUAAGUUUUCGACUACGAAGCUCGACGCUGUAGCUGCAUUGGUAGCUCAUUGUUUAGCAGUGAAGGCUGGUGUUCUUGCUCAUUUACCUAGUGCAACUUCUCUGCUAGUUAAGUAUUCAAGAGGUGGGUGUGUUGGGUAUUCGAUGACCCUUUUCGAUGAAAUUAUGGACAAGGAUGUGGUUGUUUGGAAUGCAAUGCUUACAGGUGCUAUUGAGAAUCAUUGUUAUGUCGAUUCGAUGAAGUUGUUUGUGCAGAUGAUUGAGAAUAAUGAGUUUGAUUCUGCAACCCUUGUGAUUGUUGUUUCGGUGUUAUGUAGAAGUAAUAAGUUAAGUCAGGGUCAAGAAGUUCAUGGUUUGAGUGUCAAGGCAGGGAUCAUGUUGGAUACUUAUUAUUGUAAUGCUCUUAUUAACAUGUAUGCAAAAUGUGGUGACUUGAGAUCUUCUGAAUCUCUGUUUGCGAAUUUGGAAUGCAGAGACUUUGUUUCUUGGAAUUCGGUGAUUAGUGGUUGUCUUUAUAACGAUGAACCUGUGAAGUCUCUGUUGUAUUUCAAGAAGAUGUCUUGUAGUGGUGUACUCGCGGAUAAUGUGAGUCUUUCAAGUGCAGUUGCAGCGUGUACUCGUUUGGAAGAAUGGGAUGCUGGGCUGGUUUUUCACGGACUAGGAGCCAAAUUGGGGUUUGAUGGAACUGCACACAUCUCUGUUUCCAAUUCCCUUAUUCCAUUUUACUCAGGGUGCAGAGAUAUUAAUGCUGCAUGCAAUUUGUUCAGAAGAUUGAUUUGUAAGGAUGUGGUUACAUGGAAUGCAAUGAUCGACGGGUUUGCUUCAAAUGGACUAAUUCUUGAGGCGUUUGAUUGUCUCUCUGAAAUGCAGGUAACCAGACAUGUUUGUCCUGAUACAGUGACUAUACUUACUAUACUUCCCCUUUGUGCAGAGCUAAAUUUGUCGAAAGAAGGAAAAGCAAUUCAUGGAUUUACUUUAAAGAGAGCACUUGAAUUCGACUUGUCCAUUAUGAACAGCUUAAUAGAUAUGUACAUGAAAUGCAACAGAGUGAAGGAAGCUGAACAAGUUUUUCGAGCUAUGCCAGAAACAGAUCUGGUCACAUGGAAUACAGUGAUAUCCGGGUAUUCCCAAAGUGGGUGUUCUGGAGAAGCCCAGGCUUUAUUUAAAGAUCUGCUGCAUUGGUGUUCUAGGUGCAGCUUGUCUACUAUGUUGGGAGUAGCUCCGUCAUGCAAUUCACCUGCAUCACUCAAUUUCGGUAGGUUGCUCCAUGGCUGGCUGAUAAAACUGGGCUUCAUAAACCAUAUGCUUGUGGUUAGUUCCCUCAUGUUCAUGUAUAUAAACUGUGGAGACUUGAUUACGUGCUUUUCCUUGGUGUGGCGAUAUUAUGCUAUUAUGGAUACAGCUUGCUGGAAUGCUGUCAUUGUGGGUUGCGCACAGAAUGGCUAUUACUCAGAUUCUUUGAGAACUUUUAACCUAAUGAGGAGCGAAACCCGAGUUUCUCAUGAUUCCAUCACCUUGGUAAGCCUAAUAUCAGCCUGCGGGAAUCUUGAGUUGUUGCUCGAGGGACAACGGUCUCAUGGGCUCGCUAUGAAAACUUUGGUAGAUACAGAUAUUCGUGUUCAAAAUGCACUAAUUACUAUGUAUGGCAAAUUGGGUGAGAUCCGCAGUGCAUACUCAGUAUUCAACUUUUGCAACCAUCGAAACUUAUGUUCAUGGAACUGCAUGAUCUCCGCUUUAUCUCAGAAUAACAAUGCUAACGAAGCACUAGCAUUGUUCCGUUCUCUUGAUAUUGAACCUGACGAGAUCACCAUUGCCAGCAUUCUCUCUGUUUGUACCCAACUCGGACUCACAGGGUUUGGUAAACAGAUUCAUGGAUAUGCUUUAAGGUUUCAGUUCCACACGAAUUCUUUUGUAGUAGCUGCUCUUGUGGAUUCAUACAGUAAUAGUGGUAGGCUUGAACGAGCUGCAACAGUUUUCCAACAUUCAUCGGAGAAGUCGGUUGCAGCAUGGAAUUCUAUGAUGUCGGCGUAUGGAUUCCAUAGUAAAGGUCAAGAAGCAAUCAACCUUUUCGAGGAAAUGAACCUGUCAGGAACUAGACCGAACAAAAGCACGUUUAUAAGCCUCUUAUCAGCUUGCAGUCAUGUCGGGCUCGUUGAUGAAGGUAUACACUAUUAUGACUGUAUGGCACUCAAGUAUGGAGUACAACCUGUGAUUGAACAUCAUGUAUGCUUGGUUGAUCUUCUUGGUAAAUCCGGGAAGCUAAGCGAUGCGUAUGAAUUCAUAAAACACUUAAAAUGUGAACGUGAACCAGGCUUGUGGGGGGCUCUAUUAAGUGCUUGCAACUAUCAUGGAGAUGUCGAGAUGGGAAGAAAGGUUGCAGAUAUUUUAUUCGACUUGGAUCCUGAGAACGCUGGAUAUUACAUUUCACUGUCAAAUAUGUAUGUAGCUGCUGGAAGAUGGAGCGAUGCUGUUGAUUUUAGAAGCCUGGUUCAUGAUAAGAGGUUAAAGAAGCCAGCAGGUUACAGUCUUGUCGAUGUUGCUUUCGGGUGAAGGAAUGUUAUUUUAAAUCAUAUAAAGUACUAUCCAAGAGCAGAUUAGAAACAAAUAACAAUACAUAACAUCUUCAGCAAGCCUCCCACCAGCAAAAGGACCAGGAGAGGGGACUGUAUCUUCCACAAUAUGCCGCUGCAAGUCAGCCAUAAUUUUCUGCUCUCUGCAGCCAUAGUUUUCUGCUCACACGCCGCCUUCUACUUGUUAAGCAUAUUUUAUUUACUUGGCUUGAAGCCAAGAUGAAGCAUAUUUUCUUUACUUGUACUGUUGUACAUAAUAUUACCAAUAUCAACUUGUCUUCACGCAAUAUUUUGAGUCCUUCGUUAUACUUGGAGAAGUAUACUAGCUGCACAAGAUGUAGUAAGAAGAGGGUGCAGGAAGCGAAUUGGCGAUGGUAAACAGACUGAAAUAUGGAAGGUCCCUUGGCUUCCAUGUAAAGAGAUUGGUCUCGUGACUACAGAGAUGCCCAUGCAAAUGGAAGGAGUAAGGUUUGUAGUUUCAUGCAGGCAAACCAGAAAAAAUGGGAUGAGGAUGUGCUUAUGGACAUUGUAAUGAAAGAGAUAGAAAUUGUAUCAGAAAAAUUCCACCAUCAAUAAGAGAAGGAAGUGACUCAUGGUUGGCUUCUACAUGAUAAGGGGUGCGUUACGGUUAGGAGUUGUUAUAGAAUUUUGCAAGGGGAGGUGGAGGCGCCAUAUGCGUCGUUUUGGGCGAAACUUUGGGGUUUGAAGUUCAGGGUAAAGUUACUCAGUAUGUAUGUCGCGUGUGUUCUUGGUGCUUGCCUACUACAGCAAGGCUUACUACAAAAUGAGUGCAAGUUGACACGAUUUGCCAAUGGUGUAGACGGUAUCACGAAACAGAUAAUCAUGUGUUAGUCGAAUGUGAAAUGGCAAAUGCAACGUGGAUGGAAGUUGGUCCUCAGGCGUGCAUUAGUACACUGCCAGGUGAUAAUGUGUUUGAUGUUAUAUGUCGAUGUUUUAACAGCUGCACCAGAUAACAACAUACCUUGAUAGUUUUGAUGUGUUGGAGUAUUUGGACCAGAAGAAACAAGUGGGAGGGAAAAAAUUAAUAUGUCAGAGUUUGGCAUCAAAGCAGCUGCCCUGAACCUGCUUGCAGACUGGAAGAAGGCACAGGAACAACAGUUAACACCUGGUACAAGGUCGAGAACACUGGGUGCAGUAUGUAAAUGGGAGAAGCCUCAGACUUCUUGGGUGAAAAUGAAUUUAGAUGCUGCAUUUUUUGAAGAGAUUGAUUGUAUUGGUUUGGGCAGUGUGGUUCGAGGUGCAGACGGACAAUUUAUCAUGGCUAUGCAUAGGAGACAACAAGGGCUGAUGGCACCAAGAGAGGCUGAGGCAUUAUGCUUGAAAGAAGCACUGAUCUGGCUUAAGGACAAGAGUUUCAGCAAGUGUAAUUUCGAAACUGAUUCACAAUUUCUCGCUUGAGCUUGCAAAGGAGCUGGUGGAAGGUCAUAUUUUGAUACAGUUAUUGGAGAUUGUAUUGAUUUAUAUAAUAACUUUGAUAAAGUGUCAUUAUGUUUUACACAUAGGUCUGCAAAUGGAGUGGCUCAUGUUUUAGCAAGGAUGGCUUAUUCUAUGUCAGGCUCUCGGGAAUGGCAUAUUAAUGCUCCCGAUUUUAUUCAUCAUGUAAUUUGUUCCGAAGCUUUAUAAGAAAUGCAAGUACGAUUAUUGUCAAAAAAGAAAAGAAGUAAAAAUCGUCAUUUCUAAGCAUAUGAGUAGUAUCCGAGAACAGUAUGGAAACAAUAAAUAGAACAGAGCAGAUAAACAAUCAUCUGCAGCUUCAGCAAGCCUCCCCUCAGCAAAAGGAUCAGGAGAGGGGACUGUAUCUUCCACAAUUCGUGAGCAUUUUCAGUUUAUGAGUUGUUGUUGUAUGGUAAAAUUGAGGAAGUUUGCAUAGCCAAAAUUUGAAGGUUUUUAAUUUGAUAAUAGUGACCUUUGGUAACUAAGCGUUCUUAAAUUUUAUUCUGGCCUGGCUUAAACACCUGCCAGAUUUACACGUUGAAAAUUCUCUUGUCUGUAA